AUGCUUCGCACAGUCCUGGAUGCUCCUCAGCGGUUGCUGGAGGAAGGCAGAGGGUCCCGGCAGCUGGUGCUUGUGGUGGUGUUUGUUGCCCUGCUUCUGGACAACAUGCUGCUUACUGUGGUGGUGCCCAUUGUGCCCACCUUCCUGUAUGCCACGGAGUUCAAAGAGGUCAAUUCUUCUGGGCACGCCAGCCUCUCUGUGAGUUCCCAGCUGGACCUCACCCUUCCUACUUUUGCCACCAUCUUCUCCUUCUUUGACAAUAUCACCAUAGCUGUGGAACAAAGUGCACCCAGGGGCACAGCUUGGACAAAUGGCUCUUCUGGCACUGUGCCCCCUCCAGUCACCGAAGCCAACACAGCUCAUAGAAACAACUGCCUGCAGGGCACAGAAUUCUUGGAGGAAGAGAACAUCCGGGUUGGGGUUCUGUUUGCUUCAAAGGCUUUGAUGCAACUUCUGGUCAACCCAUUCGUGGGACCUCUCACCAACAGGAUUGGAUAUCACAUCCCCAUGUUCGCUGGCUUUGUUAUCAUGUUUCUCUCCACUGUUAUGUUUGCUUUUUCUGCCACUUAUACCCUGCUGUUUGUGGCCCGAACCCUUCAAGGCAUUGGAUCUUCGUUUUCAUCUGUUGCAGGUCUUGGGAUGCUGGCCAGUGUCUACACUGAUGACUACGAGAGAGGGCGAGCCAUGGGAAUUGCCCUGGGGGGCCUGGCUUUGGGAGUGCUGGUGGGCGCUCCCUUUGGAAGUGUGAUGUACGAGUUUGUUGGGAAGCCUGCUCCCUUCCUCAUCUUGGCCUUCCUGGCGCUGUUGGAUGGAGCACUUCAACUUUUCAUCCUGAAGCCUUCCAAAGUCUCUCCUGAAAGUACCAAAGGGACCCCGCUGCUUAUGCUUCUCAAGGACCCUUAUAUCCUGGUGGCUGCAGGUUCCAUCUGCUUUGCCAACAUGGGGGUGGCCAUGCUGGAGCCCACCCUGCCCAUCUGGAUGAUGCAGACCAUGUGCUCCCCCGAGUGGCAGUUAGGUAAGAGACCUGGUCCCUGCCUUGGGCUUGGGCAGAAGGUGAGUGCUGUGGGCCCUUCCACAGGAAACCAAAAGGCAUCAUCAAGUCCAGGUYAUUAACAUCUCAGGGGGACAAUGAGCUUCCUUCGCAGAAUUACCUUCCAUGUCCACAUCCACGAAUCGGCCUCAGUGGGUGGAAAAUUCUUCAGAAAAGUAGCCUAAGAAAGGACAUGGGGGAAGGGAYCAAGGAGACUCUUGAGAGACCACAUACCUAGCUCUGGGCUGGAAUGAAUGAAUAUUAGUGAAGUCCAAAGACUUAGGUUUUUGUUUCASCUCCAUUGAUUAGCUGUAUAAACUGUGCAAACCACCUUUUUCACCUCUGAAGUGUCAAAUAACUCUCUAGUUGAAAGKGAAAGUAACUAUCUAGUUUAGAGGGAAUUGGAGGAAUAAGUGAUUCAGGUGUAGAAAUGCUUUGUCCCAUGUGCAAUUUUAAUAUGCACCACCACUGCCAUCCACACCGACUGUAGGAAUAAAUGACAGGUGUGGGGCUGUCUUAUCCUGUAAAUAACACAUGAUACCACGUCCACCCACACUUCCUCUCUUCCACUCCCCAUCUCUCUUUGCUGAUUUUUUUUUCCAUCUCUAAAAUGAUGCUCAAGAAGGAUGCCCUAURGCUGUCCCCUGGGGAAGGUACUCAGCUCUGGAUCCCCGUGGAAAGCUCUGGGGCCAGACUCUGUGACUCAGCUCUAAGGCUCCAGCCCUUUCUGGAAAGCCUGAGGAAAGGGGAUAGAGACUGCUACGUGCAGAUGACUCAGUCACUGCAGGGAAGAGAGGCUUCUGGGGCCCGAGGGGAAGCUGAUAAAAGCCUGAUAUAGCUCAACAUGCAACAGAAAGCACUAAAUCUAAUUUUUAAGGGGACAGUUCUAAGCAGGGUUCCCAGCUGCACUCCUAGGCCAAAUUGAAUUUUUCUGGGCUGAA